GCGAAGAUUUUUCUUUCGCGCCGACUCUCAGUUAUUUGUCGAUUUAAGCGUUGCCUUGUGAAACUAACAUUGGCCCUUUUACUCGCAGAUAAAUCGGAUUUCUUUCUGAUCCUAAACGCAUUCAAAUAGGAAACAUGUCUGGCGAUGAGGCUGCUCCUGUUGUUCCUCCUGUUGUUGAGCCAGCUGCUAUUCCGGAGGACAUGGAUCUGAUGACUGCAUUGGAGCUGACCCUUAGGAAGUCACUUGCUCACGGUGGUGUUACCAAAGGUCUUCAUGAAAGUGCUAAGCUCAUUGAGAAGCGUGUUGCCCAGCUCUGUGUUUUGGCCGAAGACUGCAACCAACCUGAUUAUGUCAAGCUUGUUAAAGCUCUGUGUGCAGAUCAUAGCAUCAAUUUGCUUACCGUUCCAAGUGCCAAGACCCUUGGUGAAUGGGCCGGUCUCUGCAAGAUCGAUUCAGAAGGCAAUGCUAGGAAAGUGGUUGGAUGUUCUUGUGUUGUAAUUAAGGAUUACGGAGAGGAAACAACUGCACUCAACAUCGUGAAGAAGCAUCUUGAAUCUCACUAAAUGCAAGAGAAAGCAUUUCAAUGUCAAAUGCAAGGAUAGAUAAAAUAUGCUUUGUUUCCCCUUGUUGUGUGUUUCUUCUUGUUUAGAGGAUUGCUCUCGGAAUUUGUUUGGAUCCAUAAGUUAUGUAAGGCUCUAGUCUUCCAAGACUCAUCACGAUUUGCAUUUUCAGAACUCUCUUUAUAAAAUUUAGCUCCUUUC